AUGUCUUCAAAGUAGAAUUUAAAGAGACCCCAUAAGGUUUUAGAUGAAUUAGAGCAAAAAAAGGACAGGCUUCUGAUGUCUAACAAAAAUUAGGAUGAAGAAGAUGAGAAUGUCGAUGAAGUUGAAGAUUAAAACAAUAACCAUUUAAAGGAUGAAUCUGAAUCCGAUGAUACAGAUGAUGAAGAAAUAUUGGCAAAAAUAGGUAGAGUUCCCUGGAAAUGGUAUGAAAACUAUAAACACAUGGGUUAUGAUGCUGAUAUGAAGAAAGUUACCAAAAGAAUUUAAGAUGAUAAAAUUGAUGAAUUCAUUAAGAAAGCUGAAGAUCCUAACUGGUGGCGUACUAUUCAAGAUGAAUUGAAUUAGCGUGAAAUCGUUUUGACUGAUGAAUAGUUAAAGUUACUUGAAAGAAUUAGAAAAGGAAAGUUUGCAUCAAAAGCCAUUGCAAGCAAUGAUUAUACUGUUGAAUAUGAGUAUGAUGGAACCAUGCCUCUUAGCAGUGCUCCCAUACCAAAGAGAAGAUUUAUGCCCUCUAAAAAUGAAAGAAUAAAAGUUAAUAAACUCGUUUAAGCAAUUUAGCUUGGUCGUAUUGAUCCUAAGAAAUAUUUAGAAGAUUAAGAAAAAGAAGAAGAAUAAGAAGAAAUGCUUUUCGAUAUUUGGGAAGGAACAAAAGAUUAAGAUGAAAUUUAGAAAAAGCUUCCCCCUGCUAUUUCAGCUCCUAAGGUUAAACCUCCAGGUCAUAAUGAAUCUUAUAAUCCUCCUAGUGAAUACUUGAUGUCAGAAAAAGAGAAGAAGGAGUGGCAAAAUGCACAUCCUGAAGAUAGAGAAAUCCCUUUCAUACCUAAAAAAUAUGACUGUUUACGUCAUGUUGAAUUCUAUCAAGGUUUAAUUACAGAAAGAUUUGAAAGACAGCUUGAUUUAUAUUUAUGUCCUCGUAUUCGUAAGAAAAAACUUGACAUUGAUCCUGAAACUUUAGUUCCCUCCAUUCCCAAGCCAUAAGAGCUUAGACCAUAUCCAACUAGUCUUAAUAUUCAAUACAAAGCCCACAAAGGAAGAGUUAGAGGUAUUUCAGUUCUUUACGAUGGUUAAUUUAUGGCUUCUUGUGAUGAAAAGGGAGAGGUUAUUGUUUGGGAAGUUAAUACUGCUAGAAUAGUUUGGAGAUAAGCAUACAGAAGUAUUUGCUACAGUGUUUAAUUCUAACCAUAAAAGGGUUUGUUAGUUGUAGCUAACGAAGAUAAGAUUUACAUUUAUAACAUAAAAAAGAUUCUCCCUAGCAAUAUUUAUAAGCAAAACGAAGAAACUUUGGAAGAGUCAAAGAAGAGUCACGAAGUUGAAUAUAACGCAUAACUCAAAUGGGUAUUUACUGACCCUGAAAGUGAAGAAUAUAAAACAGGAUUACGUGUUUCAAUCAAAUUCAGCAAUGAUGUUAAAUAAAUAUCUUUCCAUUAAAAUGGUGAUUAUUUCUCAACUCUCUCUCCAAGAGCCGAGAAGAGAAACGAAUAAAUCUUUAUUCAUUCUAUUUCUAAGGGUAAUUCAUCAAAGCCAUUCUCAAAGAGUAAGGGUGAUGUUGAAAAAGUAGCUUUCCAUCCCAACAAACCAAUCAUAUUUAUCCUAACUAAAAAGCACGUCUAUGUCUAUAACUUACAAAAACAAGCUACUCUUAAAAAGCUUCUUACAGGUUGCUAAUGGGCUUCAAGUAUAGAUAUUCACCCUUAUGGUGACAAUCUCAUAGUUGGUUCUUUUGAUAAAAAAGUACUUUGGUUUGAUUUAGAUUUAGGUAACACACCUUACAAAAACAUGAAAUAUCACGAGAAAGGAAUUAGACAAGUUUGCUUCUCUAGAAAAUAUCCUUUAAUGGCUUCUUCUUCAGAUGAUGGCAGUAUUAAUAUUUUCCAUGCUAAGGUAUUCAAAGAUUCCUUUGAAAAUGCUCUUAUCCUCCCUGUAAAAGUACUUAAAGGUCAUACUGUUCAUAAUAGUUUAGGUGUUUUAGAUAUAGUAUUCCAUCCUACAUAGCCUUGGAUCUUCUCUGCAGGUUCUGAUCAUAGAAUUUUCCUUUGGACAUGA